GCUAUGGUGUGCGCACGCAAUCCACGCAGCAUGGCCGGAGGAGAGAGUAACAUGGGGGAGGUAGAGACUGAACCGAUUCGUCCCAAAGUUACCGAUGCUAAGGGUAUCUUGAAGCAGAACAGAGAGUUUCUCGAUUUCUUCUGGGACAUCGCCAAACCCGAGCAGGAAACCCGUCUCCAAGCUAUAGAAAAUCUCGUCCAGUAUCUGAAAAACAGCGAGAAGGAGGAUGAGUUGAGGUACACUCUGAAGAGAUUGGUGGAAGGACUGGCAGCCACAAGGGAAACUGCACGCCCUGGAUUCAGCUUGGCCCUGGCACAGGUCCUGCAGGUGUUUGAAGACGUCCCACUGCAGUCUGUGCUGGACCAGAUAAAGGAAAAACACGACCCACAGAAAGUGAAGAAGAAGCUUGUGCGGAAUGCUGCGUUUGGAAACUUCUUCGGUGUCCUGUCCCUCUCCCAGUCGGGGCGCCUCACGAAGGAGCCCGGGGUGGUGCUGGAGUCAGUUCAGCUGCUGCAGAGUCUUGCCCAGUUCAGGGAGCACCUCAAGGACCUGCCCCGGAAGACCAUGGUGGACAUCUUGUCAGAGACUCCAGAGGCAGUGUUUGAAGAGGUCCUGUUGGGGGCGCUGAAGAGCGACCUCUCCUCUGCGUUCAGCACCCCUGAGCAGCUGCACCUGCUGCUUGUGGCGAUACAAAGGUUCCCGGGCGUGCUGAAACCCAAGAAACUGAAAAACCUGCUGGGAGCUUCCAGCGUCGUCACAGCAGACAACAUCCCCAAGCUAGUAGAAGUGCUGAAAACCGCAGCGAAGUCUGUGAAGAAAGACCGCACCAUGCCUCCUGUUGGCCUGGAUCUGCUGAAAGUGGCUCUGAAGGAAAACUCCUUUGACCUGUUCUGGAAAGAAGCUGUCAUUAACGGGCUCUUAAAAGACCAGCUAGGACCGAGCAGCUACAUGUGUUAUCGGCUCCUGGGCAGCGCUCUUCCUCUGCUUUCCAUCAACCAGCUUAAGUGCGUUCUGGGUGGGGAGGUGAUGAAACACUAUGGAGAACAUGUGGUGACAGCUCAGCUCCCUGAUCGGUUCAAGUUUGCCCCGGAGAUGGAGAGCUAUGUGGACUCAUUCCUUGAGGGCUGCCCCGACCCAGAGAAGCAGUUUGCAGUGAUGGUGGCCUUUUCCAGCCUCACCAACCAGGGCUACCCGGUGGUGCCCAGCUACUGGAAGGUGGUGCGGCACCUGCAGCUGCCCGUGCUGCUGCGGUACGUGGACUGGCUCAAGGACAUGUUCUCCAACCCCCAGCUGGACACCUGCAUGGACUUCAGCACCAAGCGGCAGCAGCAGAACCAGGAGAAGGGAGACAGGACCCAGCACUGUGUGUUCCGCCUGCGCAAGUGGAUCGUGCCGCGUCUCAUCUCCAUUGUGGAGAACCCCCUUGUCAAGAAGGAGGAGGACCUGGUCAUGGAUAUUGCAAGGUUUGUUUUUUUUCACGCUUUCUUCAAAGUCGUGAAGCCCACCCCGGUGAUCCCGGAGACGGAGAGCUCCCUGGCAGUGCCUUUGGACGAGCAGACCCGCAGCUUCAUCGCAAACUCCUUCUUUGGGCUCCUCCAGCACCUGAACCACCUCCCCCUGAUGGGCGACUCCCCCGAGGUGGCUGUCCUCAACGAGAGGCACGUCCAGGGCGUCACUGCCGACGGCACCCUGUGGAUCUUCUGCAUCGUCCAGUACGCCAGCGUCCUGCUGAGCCAGAACAAACACGUCCAAGCUGCCAAACCCUUCACCGAGGAGCAGAGGGAGGCCUGGGACAGGAUGUUGCAUUCAGUGGAAGCUCUUCAUAAAAAAGCAAAGAAAUCCCAGAACAUGGAGACUGUAGCCUUCCAGCAGCUCUUCCUGCUUGUGGGCAUCCAUCUGUUCAAGACUCCGGAAGAAAGUGUGGAACUGAUAAACGAUCUGCAGAACUGCCUGCAGAAUGCCCAGGAGAAGGAAUCAAAAAAGAAAAAGGCAACAGCCUCGUCGGAAGACAGCGAGGAGCCCCAGUGGGUGGAGGUGGUGGUGGAGAUCCUCCUCACCCUGCUGUCCCAGCCCAGCCGCCUCAUGAGGCAGGUCUCCAAGACUGUCUUCGGGAGGAUGUGUCCACACGUCACCCAGAGGGCCCUCCAGAUCAUCCUGGAUGUUCUGGACCCUGCGAAGGAUGAAGAGGAGAGUGCUGUGGUGGUGACGGACGAGAAAGACUCCAGGAAACGCAAGAAAGAGAAGAAGCCUGUGGACAGUGAGGAGGAGGAGGGAGAGGAGAGCGACUCCUCCGAGGAAGACUCUGACAGCUCUGACGAGGAUGACGAGGAAGAGGCUGGAGGAGAGGAGGAAGAGGAGGAGAAAGAGAAAGUGAAUGACAAUUUCCGCUUGGAGCUGAUGAAGGUCCUGCAGGGGAAGAAUGCUCUGGACACAGAAGGGGCUGAGAGCGACGAGGAGGAGCUGGACGACGACACAAUGAUGGAGCUCGACCAGAACAUCUCAGCCCUCUUCUCCGAGCAGAAGAAGCGCAUCCAGGCCAAGAAGGACGAGAAGGAGAGCAUGCGCAAAGAGAAAGUGCUUGUGAGGGAUUUCAAAAUCAAGGUGCUGGAUCUGAUCGAGGUGUUCCUGUCGAAGCAGGCGGAGAGCCCGCUGGUGUUCGGGAUCAUCGAGCCCCUUCUGGGCGUCAUCGAGGGCAGCAUGGGCUCAGAGUCCAGCCAGCAGGAGCAGGACUUCCUCCGCAAGACUGCUGACAUCUUCAGGAAUCAGCUGUGCAAGGCCAAACGCUACUGCAGGAACGUGUCUGACAGGAAGGGCGAGCUUCACGAGCUGAUGGAAAGGCUGCUGACGAGAGCUCGGAAGCAGGCAGACUCCUCCGUGUCUCUCUACUAUUUCAGCGCUGCCCUCUACCUGGUGAGAGUGCUGAAAGGAAAUGCAUCCGACGCGCCUGCAGCAACUCCUGCGGGCAAAUCAAAGAAACAGAAGAAAGUGGCGGCAGAAACCUCCCCGACAGAUCAGUCCAUGUGUGUCGGGAGCCUGGAUAAGGAGAGGGUGACGGCUCUGUUCCAGGCAGCCCUGACAGAUUUCAUGACCAGGAGGAAGAGCUCUCUCUCGGGAGCCAUGUUCGUCGACCUCUUCAGUCGCUUCCCGAUCUUGUGUGUCCAGCUGUUGGAGAGUGCAGUCAGAUACAUCACGGGAGGAGUAAGACAACAUCAGCAGGGCCAGGCCUGUGCUCUAGUACAGAAAGCUCUGCAGAUGCGUGAAGUCCGACAGUCGAUGACAGACACGGAGUGGACAGAGCUGAUUGGACGAGCUGUUGGUCAGGUGACGGAGUGUCUCAAGACCGUGACGGGAUUCAAAGUGAAGGUGGACCAGGAGAAGGUGAUCCAGUGCUUGGGUCUGACCAGAUUCCUCAUCAGAACAGCUCAGCAGCAGAAACUGGCGGUCAGUGUGACGGAGCUGGGGCCAGUGCUGGAGUCCCUGAGCCAGCUGGAGGGCUUCCGCAAGUCAGGCCAUGUGGAUGACACCUACUGGAGUGUGAUGAAGCUGCUGGGCUUCUCAAAACCAAAGAAGGAAAAGGUGAAGAAGCCAGCUGCUGAGGAGCAGCAAACAGCCCCCAAGAAGAAGAAAAAGGGGUUCCUGCCGGAGACGAAGAAACGCAAAAACCGCAAGAAGAUGCUGGUGGAAGAAGGGAAGCCGUCGGAGCCGGGACAGGGGGCCGUCGAGGAGGGAAAGCAAGGCAAGAACAACAAAAAUAAGAACAAGCGAAAACAGCCCGAGGCAGGAGUGGGAGACAGCAACUGGCCUGCAAAGAAGGGCAAGUUUCAAUCUGGUAACAAGCCAAAGAACAAGAAAGGGAAGCAGCAGAGAGGAGGAGGCGCACAGUGAAGGCGCGCGAAACAGGAACUGGUGGGAUGUAGUCAGUCAGGGUAACACUGGAGAAUAGGGCGGACCUUGAUGCUGUUUAGAGACAGGCCCAGGUGAUAAUGAAAACAACAUUGCCCUGUUUCAAUACAAUGAAGCUGAUUUGCUAAUUACAUCUUUUAUUCAAUACAAAGCCAUCCUUUUUUUUUUUUGUCAAAACACAACUGGUCAGAACGACAAAGAGUUAGCAGUGGGGCUUGGGUAGAUUGUAGCUUUGUUUUCACAACAGAACAAACUGAUAAAUGCAGCCCACUGUAUUCGUUUCAAAUGUAAAAUGUUCUUCACAUGCAGCAGUGUAACUCAUCUGAUGUCUAUUUUGGCUUUCUAUAUUUAUGUAUUUACUCAAACAUGGCUUUUUUCUCGGUUGCCAUGUAUGUCAGGUCAGGUCAAUGAAAGAGAUGUUUUGAAGCUCUUUGUCCUCUUGUUUCAAAUCACAAACCUGCCACCUGAUCUGUACAGUAAUGUGCUUUUGUAAUGUUUGAUUAAGCAACUAAAUGUAAUCCUAUAAAGAGUUUGCCUUUUUCAAAAAAGUAAAAAUUGUUACAAUAGGA